GAGACUAGGUCCAUAUGUGAAUGGCUCAUCACUGAUCUCAAGGCUAAGGCCAUUAUCACCUGUCGUCUCUCAGUCUCUGUCCAACAACUCAUUUCAACAAGUCACAAAGUCACUGCAUGUGAUGCUUGGAAGACUCUUGAAGACCAUUUCAGUUGGAUGGACAUGGGAUCUCAGCACAUUGUUUGGCAGAGCCUGUAUGCACUCCAAAUGAAGGACUCAGCUGAUGUUGCCAACUAUGUUGGUAAGCAU